AAAAGCUUCCAUAAGACUAUAAUAUCCAGUAGAGGGCAGUAUAAUCAACACAAGUUCUCUUACAGAUGCUCUCAAUGACCCCAUGCAGUGGACCUGUGCCAGUCCAUGGCAAGUUCCUUGGCACUGUAAGCAGUCUAGUGUGAGAUGUGUUGCACAUGGCAUGACUCCUUCAAGUCUUCCUGGAAUCCUGGACAUCUGCUGUGAGUGAGAACUAAUCCACCUCAAGCUUUAGAUUAAGAUCCAUAUAAAGAGACCAUCCCAGUGGGGGCUGAAGAAGCUCAGAGCUUCUGCUCCUCGACGUCAGAUGGCUUCAGUCACUGCACAUUCUGUUAAGUACUGUCAAGCGGUGUGUUGUUUGCAAAGGGUGCUCAGAUCUCUGCUCACUACCAGGCUCAGCUGCACCAAAGUGCUGGAAUCCUGACUGAAGUAUCAAGACUUUCCCUAAGAAUCGUAUUCCACAUCAGUGCCAUGCGUGCGCGCUGCAGUCACAUGGUUUUUGCUGCCAUCUUGUGGACGAUGCCGUGCACUACAGCGGCUGUGGUUGUGACCAACACCACAGAGCUCUUUCCCAUCACUGUGCCUGAGUUUGGGAUUGAACUAAACUGGAGGAACAGCAGCUAUGCGCCUCACAGCCGGAGGAAGCGCUACAUUUCCUCGAGGGAUAUGAUGGCUUUAUUGGAAUACCAUAACCUUGUGCGCUCUCAGGUCUUCCCACCUGCUGCGAACAUGGAGUACAUGGUGUGGAACGAGAAGCUUGCGAGAUCAGCUGAAUCUUGGGCAUCACAGUGUAUAUGGGAUCACGGCCCAUCCCAUGUCAUGAGGUACACGGGCCAGAACCUGUCCAUCAUCACAGGAAGGUAUAGAUCGGUCCUUGAGCUGGUGAAAUCAUGGCACGGUGAGAAGUAUUCCUUCUCCUACCCCAACAGAUGCACCGGCUCUGUCUGCACUCACUACACGCAGAUGGUGUGGGCCAGCACCAAUAAGAUUGGGUGUGCCAUCAACAGGUGUUCAAACAUGUACGUGUUUGGUGCUACAUGGAAACAGGCCACUUUACUGGUCUGCAACUACUCCAUCAAAGGUAACUGGGUAGGAGAAGCUCCAUACAAGACAGGAAAGCCGUGCUCGGCUUGUCCUUCUAUUUACGGUGGAUCCUGUAACAAGAAUCAGUGCGUCACAUCAAGACCCAGAAAAAAGCUUGAUCGCUUUUAGUCACGCUGAUGGAAACGAAUGAAUUGUGACUGACACAAGAACUUUUUGUGGAAGCACAUUUUUGUGAUGCACCACUAUUGAUUGCUUUUGUAAAAUAUUGCAUUAUUUCACGUUUUAUACAGCAGUCAAACUAACACCUAACCAUUGUCGUAGUUGUCCUAAGAGUCAGCCCUGUGACUGCUGUGUUGUUGUCUCUUGUCCUGUCCCUGGACUGUUUGCACUGUUUUUUUUUAUGUUUGCAUUACUGUAAGAGUGGCAUUGCCGUUAGGUUCGUGUUGAGAGUUAAGCACUUUUAUGGUUUGUGUACACCCAAUAAAUUUUGAAGGAGUUCACCAUA